AGCUCUGUUGGUGGGAUACUACUGAAAAAGCCGGGUAGAUUUGCGGUCGGACGGUGACGGCGUGGUGCAGUCUAUCUUGUUGGAUGACUGUAAAUACUCGGCGCUUUCGUGGAUGUUCAGAUUAAUACUGUAUCUAUACCACGGAGUUCUUUUAUUUCAGUUAUAGAGUUUUUUAAUUCGCUAAACUCCCGUGAAGAACGAACAAAAAGAGGCGCUCACAAUGUCCAGUACUGAAAACAACAGCGUGGAGGCAGAGCGGCGGAUGGAGGAUGAGCAUGAAGGAGAGGAUGGAAAGGCUGAGCCUGAAGAAGGUGGUCAGGAAGUGGCAUCGCCCUCUAAACUGUCUGACGACAAACCGCCUUUCUUGCCAGCGUAUGAAGAGAAAAUGCAAACGGACCGCACUAACAGAUUUGAGUACCUGCUGAAGCAGACGGAGGUGUUCGCUCACUUCAUUCAGCCUGCCGCGCAGAAAACCCCCACCUCCCCCCUGAAGAUGAAGCCCGGCCGCCCCCGUCUGAAGAAGGAUGAGAAACAGACCCUCCUCUCCGCUGGGGACAAUCGUCACCGUCGCACCGAGCAGGAGGAGGAUGAGGAGCUGCUGAGCGAGAACAGCAAGGCCACCAACGUGUGCACCCGCUUCGACGAGUCUCCCUCCUACGUGAAGAACGGUAAACUGAGGGACUAUCAAAUCAGAGGGUUAAACUGGCUGAUUUCUCUAUACGAGAAUGGAAUCAACGGGAUCCUUGCCGAUGAAAUGGGUCUGGGGAAGACCCUGCAGACCAUCUCCCUGCUGGGCUACAUGAAGCACUACAGAAACAUCCCUGGGCCGCACAUGGUGUUGGUGCCCAAAUCCACCCUGUACAACUGGAUGAACGAGUUCAACCGCUGGGUGCCCUCGCUCAAAGCCGUCUGUCUCAUCGGAAACCGGGAAGAAAGGAACGCCUUCAUCCGGGACGUGCUGCUACCGGGGGAAUGGGACACCUGUGUGACCUCCUACGAGAUGCUCAUCCGGGAGAAGGCCGUGUUCAAGAAGUUCAACUGGAGGUACCUGGUCAUCGAUGAGGCCCACAGGAUCAAAAACGAGAAGUCGAAGCUUUCGGAGAUCGUCAGAGAGUUCAAGACGACCAACCGCCUGCUGCUCACCGGAACCCCCCUUCAGAACAACCUGCACGAGCUUUGGGCCCUGCUCAACUUCCUGCUCCCCGACGUGUUCAACUCCUCAGAGGACUUUGAUGCCUGGUUCGAUACCAACAACUGCCUCGGGGACCAGAAGCUGGUGGAGCGUUUGCAUAUUGUGCUGCGGCCCUUCCUGCUGCGUCGUAUUAAAGCCGAUGUGGAGAAGUCUCUCCUCCCUAAAAAGGAGGUGAAGAUGUAUGUAGGUCUGAGCAAGAUGCAGCGAGAAUGGUACACCAAGAUUCUGAUGAAGGACAUCGACAUCCUGAACUCGGCAGGGAAGAUGGACAAAAUGCGUCUCCUCAACGUCCUGAUGCAGCUGCGCAAGUGCUGUAACCACCCCUACCUGUUCGACGGGGCCGAGCCCGGCCCCCCCUACACCACCGACCUGCACCUGGUUGUCAACAGCGGCAAGAUGGCCGUGCUGGACAAGCUUCUGCCCAAGCUCCGAGAGCAAGGCUCCCGUGUGCUGAUCUUCAGCCAGAUGACCAGGAUGCUCGAUAUUUUGGAGGAUUACUGCAUGUGGAGGAACUACUGCUACUGCCGCCUGGAUGGUCAGACCGCUCACGACGAGAGACAGAAAUCAAUCAACGCCUACAAUGAGCCAAACAGCAGCAAGUUCCUCUUCAUGUUGAGCACCCGUGCUGGGGGUCUUGGCAUCAAUCUGGCCACCGCUGAUGUUGUCAUCAUCUACGAUUCCGACUGGAACCCUCAAGUAGAUCUCCAGGCCAUGGACCGAGCUCACAGGAUUGGUCAGAAGAAGCAGGUGCGCGUGUUCCGCUUCAUCACGGAGAACACGGUGGAGGAGAGGAUCGUGGAGAGGGCCGAGAUGAAGCUCAGACUGGACUCCAUUGUCAUUCAGCAAGGCAGGCUAGUGGACCAGAACCUGAAUAAGCUGGGGAAAGACGAGAUGCUGUCCAUCAUCCGUCACGGUGCCACGCACGUGUUCGCGUCCAAGGAGAGCGAAAUCACGGAUGAGGACAUCGACGCCAUCCUGGAGAGAGGGGAGAAAAAGACAAUGGAGAUGAAAGAGAAGAUGUCCAAUAUGGGGGAGAGCUCACUGAGGAACUUCACCAUGGAGAACGAGAACAGCGUGUACAACUUCGAAGGCGAGGACUAUAGAGAGAAGAAAAAGAUUGUCACAGAGUGGAUCGAGCCCCCGAAGAGAGAACGCAAGGCCAACUACGCAGUGGACGCGUACUUCAGAGAAGCCCUGCGUGUCAGCGAGCCCAAAGUGCCCAAGGCUCCUCGGCCCCCCAAACAGCCCAAUGUCCAGGACUUCCAGUUCUUCCCCCCACGCCUGUUUGAGCUUCUGGAGAAAGAGAUCCUUUUCUACAGGAAGACCAUCGGCUACAAGGUUCCCCGAAAUCCCGAGAUCCCCAAUUCAGCUCAGGUUCAGAAGGAGGAGCAGAGGAAGAUCGAUGAGGCAGAUCCGCUGUCGGAGGAGGAGCUGGAGGAGAAGGAGAACCUCCUCUCUCAGGGCUUCACCAUUUGGAACAAGCGCGACUUCAACCAGUUCAUAAAGGCGAACGAGAAAUGGGGGCGGGACGACAUCGAGAACAUCGCCCGCGAGGUGGAAGGCAAAACUCCGGAGGAGGUCAUGGAAUAUUCCGCGGUGUUCUGGGAGCGGUGCAAUGAGCUGCAGGACAUUGAGAAAAUCAUGGCUCAGAUCGAGAGGGGGGAGGCCAGGAUCCAGAGGCGCAUCAGCAUUAAAAAAGCACUUGACACAAAGAUCGGCCGCUACAAGGCCCCCUUCCACCAGCUGAGGAUCUCCUACGGCACCAACAAGGGCAAGAACUACACGGAGGAGGAGGACCGCUUCCUCAUCUGCAUGCUGCACAAGCUGGGCUUCGACAAGGAGAGCGUGUACGACGAGCUCCGCCAGUGCAUCCGCAACUCCCCGCAGUUCCGCUUCGACUGGUUCCUCAAGUCCAGGACGGCCAUGGAGCUGCAGAGGCGCUGCAACACCCUGAUCACGCUGAUCGAGCGAGAGAACAUGGAGCUGGAGGAGCGGGAGAAGGCGGAGAAAAAGAAGAGGGGUCCACGAACAUCGUCGGCGCAGAAACGCAAGGCGGACGGGACGCCGGACGGUCGAGGGCGGAGAAAAAAGCUGAAGAUGUGAGACCACUUCCAGGCCAACGGCCAGUCCGGACUUCAGCGGAAAAACCGUAGUGUCGUGUGUUUAUUUUACGGGUUGUAACGAUGUACUGUAUUCAACUCCAGAACUGAACUUUGCUUCUCAAAUCGUGUGUGGUAAAUUAGGAAGGAUAGUACUUCAGAACAGGUCUGUCUCUUAGUGAUUUACAAAAUACUACAGCUGUGCUGGCUCUUUUUAAUUUAACCAUUAACACUUUGGGUAAUAAGAUAUUUUAUUUAUAUCUUUUUCAUUGAGUACUGCAUUCCAUUGCAUAGAACAAUAUGUACUGCUUAUUUUUUUUAAAGAGAUGUCCCACAUAUUCUGUUUUACCUUUAUUUGGAUUAGAACCUUCAUAACAAAUGGCACCAAUAAAUUCCUUUGUUUUUGUAAA